GUGACGCCUUCUCGCCCUCAGAUCCGCCAUGUGGCUCCGAGGUGGCCAAAGGGAGUGAAUGUAGUUAGCGCCGUCAGCCAGACUAACUCGCCUCCGAGGUCAUUCCCGCCUUCUAAGGUUGCCGGGACUGCCUGCCCUCCAGCCGCUUCCUCCACCAGAUUUUCAGCUACUGAUGUUACAAACAAAAUAUUGGAACAUAGAGUUGAGGAAAAGACUUAAGCCAGUUAAAAAUAUGGAUCCUGAAGCAGAGGGACCACCAAUUAUCAAAGUGACUCCUCUUCAACAAAUGCUUGCCUCUUGUACUGGAGCUAUACUGACAUCACUGAUCGUGACACCCUUUGAUGUUGUUAAAAUUCGACUCCAAGCCCAAAACAACGCAUUCCCCAAAGGAAAAUGUUUUUUAUAUAGUAAUGGACUUAUGGAUCAUCUAUGUGUCUGUGAAGAGGAAGGCAACAAAGCAUGGUAUAAGAAGCCAGGACGUUUCCAGGGAACAUUGGAUGCCUUUUUGAAAAUCAUUCGAAAUGAGGGAAUUAAAUCCCUGUGGAGUGGCCUUCCUCCUACCUUAGUGAUGGCAGUUCCUGCCACAGUUAUUUAUUUUACCUGCUAUGACCAAUUAACUGCUCUUCUGAGAUCUAAAUUAGGAGAAAAUGAAAGCCGCAUACCAGUUGUUGCUGGAAUUCUGGCCAGACUUGGUGCAGUAACUGUAAUAAGUCCACUGGAAUUGAUUAGAACCAAGAUGCAAUCUAAGAAGUUUUCUUACGAGGAACUGCAUCAAUUUGUCAGCAAGAAAGUGUCUGAAGAUGGCUGGAUUUCCCUCUGGAGGGGCUGGGCUCCUACCGUUCUUAGAGAUGUACCAUUCUCAGCAAUGUACUGGUAUAACUAUGAAGUUUUAAAGAAGUGGUUGUGUGCAAAAUCUGGUUUAUGUGAACCAACAUUUAUGAUCAACUUUACUUCAGGGGCAUUAUCUGGUUCUUUUGCAGCUGUUGUAACUUUGCCAUUUGAUGUGGUGAAAACACAAAAGCAGACACAACUUUGGAUAUAUGAAAGUCGGAAAAUUUCUAUGCCUUUGCAAAUGUCAACGUGGGCUAUAAUGAAGAACAUUGUUGCUAAGAAUGGAUUUUCCGGAUUAUUUACAGGCCUAAUUCCUCGUUUAAUUAAAAUUGCUCCUGCUUGUGCUGUUAUGAUCAGUACAUAUGAAUUUGGAAAGUCUUUUUUCCAGAAACAAAAUGCUCGAAGACAGCAAUACUAGAGAUGCUAUUUCAACCUGAAAUAACAACCAUGACCAAAUAAUAAGAUGGAGAAUCUUAGACAAGAGCUUUUUUUCACCAUUAUCUUACAGUGGUUUUAUAUCUUUCUUAUCUAUAAUUUAAAUGAAUAGUAAAUUUCUACUUUGCAUUUAAAUCAUAAUCCUAAUUUUUAAAUAAAUUUUUUAUCCUAAUUUUUGAGAUUUUGAAAAAGAUAUUCCAGAAAUCAUCACCAUUGAGCAUUCUUGUAAAGAAAAGAAUUAUUCUACACUGAAAGCAAUAAUCUCAGAGUGAGUUUGAUAACAAAUCUCGGUGUAAGUUAAUCCUAUUGGGAGUGUGUCAGAGACAACAGAACAUUUUGAAUUGUGUGCUGAGUGAUGUACAGAGUCUAAAAGAAAAAUUCGCAAAUCGUUUAUACACAUUUAAAUCACGGGCAUAGAUAUUUAAGUAUUUCAGCAAAGUAGAUAAUGGAAGGCAGUCUUUAGAUAACAUUAUUCACAUAUUACCUAUUAGUUAUUUUCUUUAAUUCACAUGCAUUUGGUAUUUUGUUUUUUUACCUUGUUACUGUUCUAAGGCCUCAUGAAUAUUAGGAUUUCUCUGAUCAGAGGUGUAUGGUUAUUUUAUCUUCAUGAACCAAAAAUAAUAAUUUGUAUGAUAUUGAUGCUGCUAUUUUUGAUGACUAAAGACCCUGUGUUAUCUACUGUCUCUGCAAGAGAGAGGGAGCUUUUACUGCCUGUAUCAGAUGUUCACUUCAGUCAAACUUGGGUGUGCAGUGGAAAACCACAUUGUAUUCAGA